AUGACUGAUCUGUUUGCGUGUGUUCAGUUCAAUGAGACGGGCCGAGGCAGCGGAUGCAGUCAAGCCAUCAUGUUAGUGACAGAUGGAGCUGUGGACACAUAUGAUUACGUCUUUGCCAAAUACAACUGGCCAGACAGAAAGGUGCGUAUAUUCCCUUACCUGAUUGGACGAGAGUCUGCGUUUGCUGAUCAUCUGAAAUGGAUGGCGUGCGCUAACAAAGGUUAUUUCACGCAGAUUUCCACGCUGGCAGACGUGCAGGAGAAUGUGAUGGAGUAUCUGCACGUGCUCAGUCGACCCAAAGUCAUCGAUCAAGAACAUGACAUGGUGUGGACGGAGGCUUACAUCGACAACACACGUCCACAGACUCAGAAGCUGCAGGGCAGGCAGGGUCCCGUCCUCAUGACAACAGUGGCCAUGCCUGUGUUCAGCACCAAAAACGAGACCAGAAACAAGGGCAUUCUUCUUGGAGUGGUGGGCACAGACGUGCCAGUGUCUGAAAUACUGAAGGCCAUCCCAAAAUACAAGCUGGGAAUCCACGGAUACGCUUUUGCCAUCACCAACAACGGAUACAUACUAACCCAUCCGGACCUGCAGCCUCUGUAUGAAGACGGGAAGAAAAAGAAGUCCAGCUACAGCAGUGUGGAUCUAUCAGAGGUGGAGUGGGAAGAUAAAGAAGACGUGUUGCGUAAUGCCAUGGUGAACAGGCAGACUGGAAGCUUCUCUAUGGACGUGAAGAAGACUGUGGAAAAAGGGAAACGUGUGCUUGUUUUACACAAUGAUUACUACUACACAGACAUUAAAGGAACUCCUUUCAGCUUAGGGGUGGCUCUGUCCAGAGGUCACGGCAAAUAUUCCUUCAGUGGAAACAUCUCUGUUGAAGAAGGACUACAUGAUUUGGAGCAUCCAGAUGUUGUAUUAGCAGAUGAAUGGACGUACUGUAACACGGCUGAACAUCCAGACCAUGAUUUUCUGUCUCAGAUCGACGCCAUAAAGCUGUAUUUUAGUGGAGAAGCGAAUAUCAAGUGUGAUAUGGAUCUGGUUCAGGAGGUUCUGUUUGACGCUGUGGUCACCGCUCCGCUGGAGGCGUACUGGACCAGCCUUGCUCUCAAUAAAUCAGAAAACUCUGAUAAAGGGGUGGAGAUAGCUUUCCUUGGCACUCGAACCGGCCUAUCACGCGUCAACCUUUUUGUGAUGCCAGACCAGCUGUUCAAUCAAGAUUUGCUGACAGCAGAGGAUAAGGAGCUGGUGUUCAGCGCUGAUCAUUUUCCAUUGUGGUACAAGCGAGCCGCUGAACAGGUGCCCGGGACCUUCAUCUACUCCCUUCCCUUUAACACAGGUUCUGAGAAUGAGAGUGUGUUAUUGGCCAGCAGUGCCAUUCAUCUGUUUGAUGAGAGAGAGUCACCCAUCUCUGCAGCUGUGGGAAUUCAGAUGAAAAUGGAGUUCUUUCAGAGGAAGUUCUGGACUGCCAGCAGACAGUGUGCCGCUCUGGAUGGCAAGUGUUCCAUCAGCUGUGAUCAUGAUGUGAGUGUUGUAUCAGUAUAUUUGCUUUACACCAGGAAUUAACCAGACACAAACAAUGUCAAUUAUAAAGUAAGCCAAUCAGAACAGAGUUUCCCAUUAUGAUUUUAGACC